UCGUGGGAAGAAUGGCAUCCAGAGCCGCGCAGUCAGAAGUCCAAGGGCGGAAGCCGACGAGAAGAUCAAGAUACGGGUGCAGGAACUGCAAACUCAGAAAGCUCAAGCCAGUGCGACGAAACCAAACCGCAGUGCAAGAGGUGCUGCUCAUUUGGAGUAGUCUGUAACUUCAUACUCACUGUUUCUGAUCUACAACCCGUCGCCGAUGACUCAAUAAGGUCAUCAGUUCCUCUGAAGGGAGUUGGCCCUCGGCCAUCGAUGGCCAGUGCUGUCUGGACAUCUGACACCACAUACUUCUAUCAAUUGAAUGCCAAAUGCCAGGACUUCCUCACCCGGUACCUGGGUCGAAGUCUUAUUACACCUAACGACCCCAGUAUGGUCGAAGUAAAUCGCAAACUCCUCGCCCUAACCUUCACGCACCCAUUCUUGAUGCACGCCUCGUUAGCAGUGGCGCUUGCCUAUGAUCGCCAUCUAAACAGCUCACCGGACGGUCGUCGCUUUGUAGAAGAAUGUUAUCACCGGUCUCAAAGUACAGCACUCUUCAACCGACGGCUACGAGAACCGAUUCAGAUGGAGGACAAAGAUCCAAUAUGGGGCACCGCAGCGGCCCUAGCUCUCCUGAGCUUCGCAACACCUGAUGCAUGUAUUCCAGAAGAAUCAUGGCCCUUGAAGACUACCGGGUCCUCCGACUUGGAAUGGUUACGCAUGAGUAAUGGAAAGAUGUCGCUCUGGCGCAUCACAGACCCCCUCCGACCAGACAGCCUGUUCCAUGUUAUGGCGCCCGCCUUUGCCCAGAUGAACUCGCCCCUCCCAGAUAUUGGCGUCUAUGGUAUCCCAAGCCAGCUGGCCAGCGUUUGCAAUCUUGACGACAGGUCUACCGAAGAGAGCAACCCUUAUUUCAAAGUCGCCCAUGCGGUAUCCCAGGUAUUAGACCUCCCCGAUAGCCAGGUCACUACAGGCGAAAUUGGGGUCUUCCCACGCAGCAUACACGAUUCAUUCAAAUGCUUGCUUUUAGAGAGGGACCCCGUCGCGCUGCUGCUGCUAUACCUCUGGUAUCGUAAAGCAAGUCGGAGUAUGUGGUGGAUUGAACUCAGAGCAAGGGUCGAGUGCCCUGCCAUUUGCUUGUAUCUAAGGACUUAUCAUAAGGAUUACCAUUCUGUGCACGAGUUUCUACCGGAGGUUCGGAGA